UUUGCUGUUGACGUUAAAUUGAAUUGUGUGUUGUUUGUGCCAAAAAAUAAAACAAGUAAUCUCCCUGUAUGAUGAAAACCUCCGUUGUAUCGUAGUUGGCUAGUCGCCAUCUUAGCAGGCUGUGAAAUUUCUCAUUCAUCAGUUUGUGUUUUGUUUCUUCUACACAGCUUCUCCGUGCAUACUAAACUACUCGGCACGAUGAAAUUCACUAACAACGGGUACGAAAAGGCAUCGUGCGUACCGGAGCCGGAUCCACGGUACGGAGCCCGCUUUCCGUGGCCGUUCGCGUGGACAUCGGGCGUCCGGCAAUCGCCAUUGAAUCCGGGCGAUAUGGCGAAUCUGCACGAGCGCAUCAACCACCUGCGGCCGCACUGGUUCGAAGGGUUCCAGCUGAACGUGAUGCGAAGCUGUGGCGUAAACCGUACGAUGGGAGUGAGCUGGAGCAUGAGCCACGUGACACCGACCGGUUUCCGGUUGGGUGGACACUUCCGGCGACGCUGUAGCGAUAGUGUGCUGACCACACCACUUGUAGCGUUCGAUGUGAAUCCGACAACGCUGUGCACGAACCUGCUGAUGCUGUACCGGCCGAUUCGUUCGCUUGGGCUCGAGCUAGCGCUACAGCUGCAACCGGGCAUGGACCCGUUCGUGGAUGAGCUUUCGCUGCAGUAUACGGGCCUCAGUCGGACGUCCACCGUGCGCUGCAGUACGCCCGGCACGCUCGAUACGUACCGGGUCAGCGUGGAUCAUCUGGUCAGUCUGAACGAUCGGUUGUGCUUCGGUGUGGAAGUGCUGUGCGAGAGCUACCAGGGCACAUAUAACACCAAUGUGGCCUUUGCUGGAAGAUACAACCGGGAAACGAACACGCUGGCCGCUACCGUUUCCCCCGAAGCGUUCGAUUUAAGUUACUGGCAAAAAGUGUCCAACACACUGCAGAUGGGCUCGUCAAUAAUUGUGAACCAGCGCCAAAACCGAGCGCUCGGUACCGUUUGCUAUCGGUUGGAACACGCCGACACCGUGAUCCGUGGUUCGUUCGAUUCCGAUUGGACCAUCGGCUUCACUUAUGGCAGAAAGCUUACGCCGGCCGCAUUCACCGCCUGUCUGAGUUUGUUGUUUUGCGCGCCGAAAAACACGUUCCAGUGUGGAUUUCGGAUUGAUUUGGAUUCUAAUUUGCUGUGAGUGCCCGGCACCACCAAAUCCGAACGCGGCCAUCAGCUUUGACCUCAAUCUGGCACACGAUCAAUAUGACCGCUGGUUGAGGCAGAGAAGAACAAAAAAAAACCCAUCGCUUUCGCUCGUGUUUUGGGGUGGUUUUUGCAAGUUGACGAUGGAAAGAUGAAAUGAUACUGACUGGAAGGCACUCUUCACACCUUCGGCCGGGCACAACCGCAAACCUCCGGUCCGACCUUCCCCCAGGGUGGUUUAAAUUAGUCCGAUAGCUCAUCCGAAUCAACGUUGCCCGGUGAUACUGCUGUUUGUGGGGUGGCGCAAAAAAGCAAAGCGAAAUGUGUGCGAGCUUUCCGUAACCGCCAUUAUCACCCACAAACUGUCACUGUGCGUUAACGUUUUGGGUGGAUUUUUGUGUGCAAUCAAUUCGAAUAUUAUAAGCUCGUUUCUGCUCGCUCGCUUUCGCUGCAACAUAUAUCCAUUUCAUCCAUUUAUGUACGAGAUAUGGGUGACAGAUAAAGGGUUGAAAUUGGUCA